AUAAAUUUAGGCAACAACUCAAAACCAUCAUGAUCACGACAUUGAGCGAUGACGGGAUUCUUAUUUCUGUGAACUAGGAUUCCAAGAGCUGACGUGAUUAGAGUUGAUUGACGAUGCAAGGACAUAACGAUGCACAUUCGUAUGUGCUAUACAAACACAUGUAUAGGUUUCAUAUCCAGAUCUCAAUCAACCCAGGUAGUUAUCAUUCUCAAGCCCGCCUACGAUGGUAGGUGACCACCAAGAUGAUAGACGACGCCAGGAGGGCUGAGAUAUCUCACCUGUUGAUAUUAUUUCCACAACCCUCAAGCAAUCUAAGGCCCAUCUGCCCGGUGGUUCAUCUGCAGAUGUUCUCUCCGGGCGUGUCUUCCCGUUUAUUAGCCCUAUAUGUAGCAGAUGACCAUGACAGACACCUUCGUGAUUCUGCCACUGAUAUCUGAACAGCGUGGAUAAUGAGGGAUCGCCAGUUAUUCCAUCCAGCUAUCCCCAUCUUCAUGCAAAACCCCCACUCGGACAACUGUUGUUCGUUGCGAGGGCUUGCCUCCCUUCGCCCGGAGCUGCAGGGGUCUCGAAGAUACUGCUGCUUCGUAUAUGAAUGGAGUCAGUCCCCAAUUUGAGAAGACAACGGGAUUUUGAUCGUUAUUGCCUCCAUCCUCCUUUUCUCCAUGCUCUCUCACUCCCUCUCUUCUCCCCUCCUCUCCUCUCCAUCUCUCCCUGUGCUGAUAGAUCCAUGGUAUAUCUAUUUUUCCAUCCUCCGAGCCGAGGUCCGCCUUUGUCGCCUUACAUAAUCUCCCCCCGCCGCCCCGUGUUUGCUUCGAGCCGGAAGCCGCACCCGCAUCACAGGCAAAUCUUGCAUUUCUCCAGAUUCUCCCGCUGGGCUUUUUUCCCAAUUUUUUCCAAUUUUUUUUUCCUCUUUCGUUUUCUACGUCGUCGUUGUACUUAGCAGGUGUUUCCUUUCAGUCCAUACACUCUCUUCUUCGGAUUGUGCCCGAGUGCUCUUUGCGCUGGCUUGGUAGCCUCUCCUAUCUCGGAUUCCCCUCCCCCCCAAAUCCCUCAUCAGCCUACAUUCCUCACGCCUCUAUAUCCACAAUGCCGUCCUCCACGACUGUUGUCUCCCCUCCAGCACCCAUGGAAGCAGAGCCCAAGAAACAAUCUCCGGCUGCUGCAACUGCUACCAUCUCCCAGAUCAAAUCGUUUGUUGCCGGUGGUGCGGGCGGAAUCUGCGCUGUCGUUGUUGGGCACCCCUUCGACUUGGUCAAAGUCCGCCUGCAAACUGCUGAGAAAGGAGUUUACUCCGGUGCCAUCGAUGUCGUGAAAAGAACUAUUGCCCGCGAAGGCCUUACAAGGGGCCUAUACGCUGGCGUUUCAGCUCCAUUGGUCGGAGUAACUCCUAUGUUCGCCGUCAGCUUCUGGGGUUAUGAUCUUGGGAAAACACUCGUUCGCAACUUCUCCACUGUUCCGGUACAUAAUGGAACUCCCCAGUACUCAAUCGGCCAAAUAUCUGCUGCCGGUUUCUUCUCCGCGAUCCCCAUGACCCUGAUCACCGCUCCUUUCGAACGUGUCAAGGUUCUCCUUCAGAUUCAAGGCCAGAAUCCCCCUCCUCCCGGCCAAAAACCCAAAUAUUCCGGUGGUGUAGACGUUGUCCGCCAGCUCUAUAAAGAGGGCGGUAUCCGUAGCGUAUUCCGCGGAAGUGCCAUGACCUUGGCCCGUGACGGCCCUGGCUCUGCGGCAUAUUUCGCCGCCUAUGAAUAUAUCAAGCGCAGCCUCACGCCAAAGGAUGUCGACGGAAAUGUCACCGGCGAACUGUCCUUACCCGCCGUGGUUGCUGCAGGCGGCGCAGCUGGAAUUGCUAUGUGGAUCCCCGUCUUCCCUAUCGAUACCAUCAAGUCCCGGCUCCAGAGCGCGGAGGGACGACCCACCAUCGGAGGCACCAUCCGCGGCGUAUAUGCUAGCGGGGGAUUCAAAGCAUUCUUUCCCGGAUUCGCCCCUGCUUUGGCAAGAGCGGUGCCGGCAAAUGCUGCUACUUUCCUCGGAGUCGAACUGGCUCACAAAGCCAUGAACAAGUUUUUCUAGUCACUGAGAUAUACGGAUGAAAUAAAUUCUCCUUUUCUUUGUCAUAUCAGCACAUAGAAAUUUACCUUCCCCCUGUGCUCCACAAUGAAGAGGUGGAGCUAUGAUACCCACGCAUAUUAAGCUGCGAACAUAUAUCUAUCACACAUCAAAUCCUGAGCACCAUUUCUCUGGUAAAUAUGUCUUCCUGCCUUCCUCGUUUCCAUGAUGCGGGGUUGAGAGAACUCAGCCCCCUGAAAGCGGAGUUUGUUGUAGACAUUCCUUGCUCUUUUUUGUAUUUACAUUUUAUCCUUUUCCUCUCCUAAACCUUGUACAUGUACAGAUUCCACGACUUUUGUUCUGUUUCCUUACUGUUUAUCGUUCCUCGUCCGGUGUUUUCAAAUUACUGUUACCUUCUGCCAUAGAGCACAUAUAUAGAUCAUGCCGUAUUGGGUUGGUUCAUUGGUUAAACAUUCGUGCAUGGGAUUUUUUGUUUUUUUGUUGCAUGCCAGUGUGUAGGGCGGUUUUAACAACAGGCACAUGGUAAACGUUGGCACAGCGCAAGUAAAAUUUACCAAAAUUACUAUUAGUGCAGCGAUACCACUAUCUCUCACACACCCUCUCAGUCGCGUUUCCUUCUCCUAUUUUAUGUCCCAGUCUACCACUCUAACUUACUCCCUAAACUUCCCACCACAGUAUAUGCAUGUGUCGAAAGUCUCACAGAGUAUAUCUAGCAACCGCCGCUCUUGGCACUGAGCCUGAGACUCACCCGCCGUCUCCAUCUCUGGCUCAAUCACACUAGGGACUUCGGCAAGCUCCGCAUCCAAGACUUCGCCACCACACACUGAACAACGCUUGGAAAUCGACGGGUCCUGGAUGGAGAGAAACGUCAAUCCGCAUCGGGCUAGAUUUCCCAAUACGACACUCAUUAGUGGUUGUGGGAUUGGAAUUACAGGAAAAGUUUAGGGGCUGCAAAAAAGGGAGACGAACCGAACAUAUGCCCCUCCGUGCACUGGGACUCUUCAGCAGAGUACCAGUCAAUACCGCUCCCGCAUAUAUUGCAGAAUUCAAAUACAUCAUGACCAGCCUCCGCUUGGGCUUCGCGGGGUUUACCGGGUAUCUGUUUGCUCGUUUCCGGACCAGUUGAGGGCUCUGAGGGAUGUUGGAUUUGCGGCUGGAGCUUUUCGUCUAUAAGGGAUAACUCCAGCGAUAAGUCGAGGUUUAAUGUAUCAGAUAGCCACUGCGCCGCUGAUUUGGCAGCUUCCAGCACAGGAGGGUCAUCCGCGGGGUAUUGAUCUGUAGCGAGGCAGCAGAUAGCAGCGUAUUUGAGCUUUCUUUCCCAGGGGUCAUUCGGUAUAUCUCUAUGGUUCCCAUGUAGGGUGAACGAUAGGACCCUUGCGCGGGCAGCUCUCGUGUGCUUAGGUGUUAAUUGUGGAGGAAUAUCCCAAGGCAACGUUGCUGAGACAGCCUCGCGGGGCUCCCCGCUCCCACCCUCCGCGGGUUGUGGGUGCGCAAAGACUAUCCUCGAGCGUUCACGCGCCGUGGUGAUAUAUUCAACCAUGUCGCUGGGAUGGACUGUGAAGCACGCUGCAACCCAGCCUCGAUGGCUAGUCAUGCCCCAUAUCCUGGCGACGGACAUUCCACCCAGGUCGUGGUCAAGGUCGAAUCGGCUGCGGAAGCCUUCGAUCUGGCUGUGAAGAUCGGCACUCUGCGGGUUGCCCGAAUGGCCAUCAUUGCUCAUAGUAACGUCUUGAGUUUGGGUCGCUGGCAGUGGUAAAGAGCGGAGGGAUGAUGAAUAAUGGGCGACGUGUAGGACAGGGGUAUGCGAUUGGGUGUCCGUUGUGGAAGUUAUGGCUAUCGCGCGGAAUCUUCAGCAAGUACGCAUCUAAAAGGGCUUUUGUGUGACAGGAUGCUCACCAGUAAUGGGCUCCCAUUCUAGUAAGCUGUUAUCUUCUGCUAUGUCUGCACGUAGUGCGUGGUGGAAUGAUAUCGUCGGCGUGCACUGCUGUCUCCCAAUUGACUCUGAGACGAACAGGUCGUCAAGUGUAAUCACAACAUAUCCCCCAAGAUAUCCAACAGCCAAGCAUAAUGAUGGUGAAUUUUCAAGGUCCUUGAACGGUUAGUAAGAACACUAUCUAGGUAUAAAAGGGAAAGGAUGUCUUAUUUACCGCAAAGUCGACCCAACGUAGAGGGCCAUGGAAGCUCAUACGCUGAAACUGAUCUUCUUGAGAGAUAGGGAUAGCUUCACUCAACAGUAAAUCCAGUCUGGCAUCCGUAUUAUUUCCUUCUUCCUCUCCUCCCAGUUCUUCAAACUUUGCAUGUAACAGAAAAACCUUAACCUCAGUAGCUUGUAUAAUUGCAAUUGGAGAAGUAUGUCUAGGCUUCCCCUGAUCGUCCAAACUCUGUCGCGGGGAGCCCCAC